AUGCUCUCCCGGUUAAGAACGGCUGCUUCCCCCCCCUGCACCUGGUUGGCACAUCGCAGCAUGCACAGGAAGGAAAAAGGGAAGCCUCUGAUGCUUAACCCCAGGACGAACAAGGGCAUGGCCUUCACCUUAAAAGAACGGCAGAUGUUGGGGCUUCAAGGGCUCUUGCCUCCGAAGGUCGAGACGCAGGACCUCCAGGCUUUACGCUUCCAUAAGAACCUAGCCAGGAUGACGGAUCCCUUGGAGAAGUACAUCUACGUGAUGGGAAUUCAGGAAAGAAACGAGAAGCUGUUCUACAGGAUUCUACAAGAUGAUAUUGAACAAUUAAUGCCCAUUGUCUAUACGCCAACAGUAGGCCUUGCGUGUUCCCAGUAUGGGCAUAUUUUUAGAAGGCCAAAAGGAUUAUACAUUGCCGUAACAGAUAAGGGCCACAUCCGAUCUGUGGUGAACAACUGGCCAGAGAAUGAUGUGAAGGCUGUUGUUGUCACAGACGGAGAACGUAUCUUGGGCCUUGGGGAUCUGGGAGUAUAUGGAAUGGGAAUCCCAGUUGGCAAACUCUGUUUAUACACCGCCUGUGCUGGAAUAAAACCUGACAAGUGCCUUCCUGUGUGUAUCGAUGUUGGAACUGACAAUCAGACACUUUUGGAAGAUCCAUUUUAUAUGGGGUUAUAUCAGAAACGAGACCGCUCGCAGCUUUAUGAUGAACUAAUUGAUGAAUUCAUGGAAGCCGUGAUAGGCAGGUACGGCCAGAACACCCUCAUUCAGUUUGAAGACUUUGGCAAUCACAACGCCUUCCGCUUUUUGAGGAAAUACCGAGAAAAAUACUGCAUUUUCAACGAUGACAUACAGGGGACCGCAGCGGUCGCCUUGGCUGGGUUGCUGGCGGCAGAGAAAGUCAUCGGGAAGCCCCUCGCCGAGCACCGGAUCCUCUUCCUUGGGGCAGGAGAAGCCGCCCUUGGGAUUGCAAACCUCAUCCUCAUGGCUAUGGUGGAAAAUGGUCUUCCUGCAGAAGAAGCUUGCAAGAAAAUUUGGAUGUUUGAUAAAGAUGGCUUAUUGAUAAAGGGCCGGGCAGAAGCGAUAGAUGUCAACCAGGAGCCCUUUACUCAUCCAGCUCCAGGGAACCUACCCAAAUCUUUCUUGGAUGCAGUGAACGUUCUUCAGCCUUCUGCCAUUAUCGGAGUUGCCGGGGCUGGGCGGCUGUUUUCUCAUGAUGUCAUCAAAGCGAUGGCCGACAUCAAUCAGAGACCCAUCAUAUUUGCACUGAGUAACCCUACCGUGAAAGCAGAAUGUACGGCUGAGGAGGCGUACACACUAACAGAGGGGCGCUGCCUGUUUGCAAGCGGCAGUCCAUUUGGGCCCGUGAAGCUGAGGGACGGGCGGUCCUUCAAACCGGGCCAGGGAAACAACGCCUACAUAUUUCCAGGUGUGGCUCUUGCUGUUGUCCUGAGUAGCGUCCGGCACAUCAGUGACAACGUCUUUUUGGAAGCUGCAAAGACGUUGUCCCAGCAGCUGAGUGAGGAAGAACUGCAGGAGGGGAGACUUUAUCCCGCGCUUUCCAACAUCAGGGAAGUGUCCGUUAACAUAGCUAUAAAGGUCAUGGAAUAUUUAUACGCCAAUCGCAUGGCGUUCCAUUACCCGGAGCCAGCAGACAAAAUUCAGUACAUACGAUCAAGAAUCUGGACAUCGGAGUACGAAUCCUUUCUACCAGAUUUGUACGACUGGCCGGUGUCUACAACCUACUCCUCGGACAAAAGACGUGUUUGAAAUUUUGCUGGGAACCCCCGUCCGGAACAACAUUUGAAGUAGGACUGCGGAACACUGAAAACGUCCUUUUUGUGCUAAACCAUUGAACUGGGUGCAUAACCGACACUGAAUUUAGUCCCUAGGCUGGACGUCCUCUCUUCUUCUGAGGCGCAUAGGAAUGGACGCUUGAGUUGAAAUUUAAUAUAU